UGGAUGAUCCACGUCCUUCUGGAGCAGAGUAAUCCAAGUCCAGAGUCGAUUUUCUCUUCCCCUUUGACUCCUGGAUGUCUGUAAGAUGUCCGAGUUUCAGGAUCUUUCAGUUUCUUCUGAGGUGGUCCAGCAACUUUCAGUGAGUGAAGAUUUCCCGUGUGAGCAUCAGGAGAGGAGCUCCAGUCUGAGCCAGGAGAUUACCAUCAAAGAGGAACUUCAGGAACUGUGGUGCAUUCAGGAGGAAGGGCAGCUUCACGGGUCAAGUUGGACUGCCAUUAUUCCCAACCCUUUGAAGAGUGAAAAUGAAGAGAAACCUCUUUUCUCACAGCUCCAUCAAAAACAAGCUGAAGGGAUGGAAACAGGAGCUGAUGACAAAGAGGGUGUAAGAGCAGAGGCAAGCAGGAAUUUUGGUCCAGAGAGGGAUUUACGACCAGAAACUGAGAUCAAGACUGAAGACUCUUCUGAAGCUGAGACUGAUGACAGUGCUGAUUGGAGGGAGACGACAAAACAAAAGUCAGGUUUAAACUCAGUGGGAAACAUCAAAAGAAAGACAAGAAAACCAGAUAAGGAAACACAUGGUUGCUCUGUUUGUGGUAAAAUAUUUAACAGAAAAGAUCAUAUGAAGGCUCACAUGAAAAUUCACACAGGAGAGAAACCCUUCAGCUGCUCUCAGUGUGGUAAAAGAUUUAACAGAAAAUAUAAUCUUAAGUAUCAUAUGAUAGUACACACAGGAGAGAAACCCUUCAGUUGCUCUGAAUGUGGCAAAAGAUUUAAAAGGAAGUAUAAUCUUGAGGAUCAUAUGACACUUCACACAGGGGAGAAACCCUUCAGCUGCUCUGAGUGUGGUAAACAAUUUAUCUGUAAAAAUAGUCUUAAGUAUCAUAUGAAAAAUCAUACAGGAGACAAACCCUUCAGCUGUCCUAAAUGUGGCAAAAAAUUUAUCCGUCAAAGUUACAUGGUUAACCACAUGAGGGUUCACUCCAGAGAAAAGUUAAAGUUAACAUGCUCUGAGUGUGGUGAAAUAUUCCACUGGAAAAGUCAUCUGAUAAGACAUAUGAAAAUUCACACAGAAAAGAAUGUAUUUGCCUGCUCUGUGUGUGGUAAAAGGUUUAAACAAAAUAAGAUGUUAAUCAAGCAUAUGUUGAUUCACUCAGGCCGAAAACUGUUCAGCUGCUCUAAGUGUGAUAAAAAAUUUACGAAGAAGAUGUAUCUGAAAAUUCACAUGGCACAUCACAGAGGGGAGAAACCAUCAGUCUGCAGUGUUUGCAAAAAAAGAUUCUCUUGGCCGGGUUCGUUACGAAGACACAAAUGUAUUAGCAAAAAGGCAUCAAAGCGUAAUGCAAACCAUGCAGAGAAGAAAAGAGAGACAACAAUAGUGGUAAAAGUAGAGGAUUGUGGAGGACCAGAACAAGCUACAGUCUCAGAUUCAAACAGAAGUGUACAACCAUUGAUUGAAGUGAGGCCUGCACAUUGUGGUGAUGGUUUAACGGAGACAUGCAAACAGCAGGCAGCUUUAAAUUUUGUGGAAAACACUGAAAAUGUCAGAAGUAAUGGUUGUAAGAAAUCACACAAGUGCUCUGACUGUGGUAGAAUAUUUACCAAAAAAAGCAGUCUUACAGCACAUAUGAGGAUUCACUCAGGAGAGAAACCCUUCAGCUGCUCUGAGUGUGGUAAAAAAUUUAGAGCAAAAGCAAGUGUGAAUAUACACAUGAGAACUCACUCGGGAGAGAAGCCCUUCAGCUGCUCUGAGUGUGACAGAAAAUUUAGUCAAAAAGCGGGUAUGUCUGUACACAUGGGGAUUCACACAGGAGAGAAACCACUCAGCUGCUCUGAGUGUGGUAAAAGAUUUCGCCUCAAAGGUAAUCUGAAACAACAUAUGAGAACACAUGAAGGAAAGAAAUCCUGCAGCCGGUCUUAAGCUGGUAAACUCAAGUGUAAUUGGAUACUUGACAUGACACAUCACAGGCUCAAGAAACCUUUAACCAUAAUGUUUAUGAACACAGGUUAGUUUGGCUUUAUCAGUUCAGAAUUCACUGAUGUGCUAUUGAUCAGGCUUCAGAGCCUUCUCAAAAACAAACAGAGGAGAAAAGAGAGACAGGAACUGGAGCUGGUAGUGAGGACUGUUGGAGAAUCAGAAGCAGCCAGGAACAUGGAUCCAUAGAGUCAUGUACAACUGGAGACUGACGUCAAGGUUGAAGACUUUUCUGAACCUGAGAUCAAAGACUGUGAUUAUGAUUAAACAGUGAUGUUUAAACACUCAAAAAUUGUGAAUUUCCCUUGGUGAUAUGAGAUGUAAUAAUGUUGAGCAACCACUCAUGGUUUGGUAAUAAAUUGAUGACACUGAAGAUAAAUGUGAACAGUUAUACAUGAAAAUUA